CCGCGAUCCGCGGAAAUUUACCCCUCCAAGUUCAAACUGUGCGAUUCUUUCCUUCAACAAUCUGCCAAUUGAGGUUCGAUAAGAGCCAUUAUCGGUUCCUUUGCCCUGGAAUCCAAUCCUCCCUGAAGGAAACCCAAGCUAGCAACGUCCCGACAAGGAAUAAGCAUACGGGGUCUUCUUGGACUAGAUCUCCUCACAACCUCUCCUCCCUGCCGCCUUUCUCUUACACGCGCAAAUCAUGGCGCCCUCUAUCUACAUCGACGAGGAUGUCGGCCACGACGAUGCCUCAGCUACCGGUACCGAGUCUGCCCCCUACAAGACUCUUCUGCACGCCUUUGUGCAGCACGCCCCGACCACCGAGGGUAUCCAGUACCUGACCCGCAAGUCCCAAACCGACGCCGCCGGCGAGAAUGUCGACCCCGCCGCCAAGUUGGAGUGGAAGCCCGCGACCAAGUCCGCCAUGAAGAAGGCCACCAACCUAUGGGAGCAGCGCAAGAAGAAGGCCGCCAAGGAACAGGAAUUGGCGAUCCGCGAAAAGGCCGAGGCCGAGAAGCGUCAGAAGGUCCUGGACGAGGCUAAGAAGGUUGUCAUCACCGAGGACGCCUCCUUGCCCAAGCCUGUCCGCAUCCGCCUGGAUGUGACCGACCCAGCCAUCGUCUCGCUCCGUACCCCGGAGUCUGAUACCCCGGGAACUCGUGUCCGCGUUCUGGGCCGUGUGCACCGCAUGCGCGCGCAGAAGGAUUACGUUUUCCUGACCCUGGCCGAUGGCUAUGGCUACCUCCAGUGCAUUCUGACCGGUGACCUGGUCAAGACCUACGAUAUCAUGACCCUCACUCUGGAGACCUCCAUCGCCAUCCACGGUGAGAUGCGCGCUGUCCCACCCAAGCAGCAUGCCCCCAACGACCGUGAGCUGCACGCCGACUUCUUCACCAUCAUCGGCCGCGCCGCCGGUGACAAGGAAGCCAUCACCACGCGCGUGGCGCCGGACGCCGACCCGCAGACCCUGUAUGACAACAGACACCUGGUGCUGCGUGGCGAGACUUCCUCGUCCGUGAUGAAGGUGCGCGCCGCCACUCUGCGUGCUUUCCGCAAGGCGUUCGAGGAGACCCGUAUGCUGGAGGUUACUCCCCCGGCCAUGGUGCAGACGCAGGUCGAGGGUGGUAGCACCUUGUUCGGCUUCGACUACUACGGUGAGAACGCAUACCUCACUCAGUCCUCCCAGCUGUACCUUGAGACAUGUCUCCCUUCCCUGGGUGACGUGUUCUGCGUGUGCCCAUCCUUCCGAGCUGAGAAGUCUUUGACCCGCCGUCACUUGUCGGAGUACACCCACAUCGAAGCCGAGCUGGACUUUAUCACCUUCAACGACCUGCUGGACCACCUCGAGGCUAUGAUCUGCCGAGUCAUUGAGCUGCUCCUCGCCGACCCCGAGGCGUCGAAGUACAUCUCCACGCUCAACCCAGACUUCAAGCCUCCUUCCCGGCCAUUCAAGCGCAUGAAGUACUCCGACGCGAUUGACUGGCUCGUUGCCCACGACAUCCCCAACGAGGAGGGCCAGACCCACAAAUUCGGUGACGAUAUCGCCGAGGCCGCCGAGCGCAAGAUGACGGAUAUCAUCAACCAGCCUAUCUUCCUCACACACUUCCCCGCCGAGAUCAAGGCCUUCUACAUGAAGAAGGACGAGAGCGAUCGCCGGGUCACCGAGAGUGUGGACGUUCUGAUGCCUGGUGUCGGCGAGAUCGUUGGUGGAAGUAUGCGUAUGGAUGACUGGGACGAGCUGAUGGACGCCUACAAGCACGAGGGCAUGGAUCCCAAGCCUUACUACUGGUACACUGACCAGCGCAAGUACGGUACCUCCCCUCACGGCGGUUACGGCCUCGGCCUGGAGCGCUUCCUGGCCUGGCUGUGCGCUCGCUACACCGUGCGCGACUGCUCCCUGUACCCCCGUUUCACGGGCCGCUGCACACCUUAGGCGCAAUAAAAAAAAAGCAAAAUUCAAACGCGGGUGUCAGACCUAGAUGAAGAUUUGGCUUUCGUUUUAUACAACUACCUCUUUGGCCUCUGGAAAAGUCUGUCCUGGUCUAGGCUGGGGCUGGUCUGGGGCUCGUUAUGGUAUAGAUAGCGUAUGCUACGUUACGAUGAGUAUGUGUGCAUAGAUGCAAUCACGGGCUAGUUCAAUGUUUGCAUUGCAUUGGCUGAUGUGAAAUUUUGGGUUCUAUUCUAUUUGGGUUGGAUUGGUUCAAUAAAAUAGUUCUGAUGUGGCAUGGCAUGCAAUGAAGAUUUUCUUUUAUUUUGUUUCUAGAUCAUUCCCAUCGUCCGUGACACCUGUAGCGUACAGUCC